GGGAAGACACAGCUCUUGUUGUUGGUGAGCUGUGUUCGUUUUACCAUGUUAACGUCGGUCUUUUAAAGAUAGUCAAACAAAAACAUCAUUUAAAACUAUAGAGAGCCUUACCUGAACCAGCCCUACAAUCGACAGUUGCGAUAACGUAAAACCCUCCUCCCGACGGCGGAGGAGGGUUAUGUUAUCGCAACUAAACCAGCCCAACAAACACAUGACAAAAGAUUCAGAAAAAGACAUCUCAAUUCAGUGGUAUUAUAAUUAAAGAAUAGAGAUGGUAAGAAGAAAAGUAGAGUAGAGUGAAGCUUUUAUUUCAGUUUCACAGAAGAGCACAUUAAACAGAUUCCCUUUAUUAUUAAACCUAUAAUGGUCAGGGACUCUGGCUGAACGGGUUCGGCUGACCUGAACUACUUGUGAAUUGCAACCCUCAUCUCUUGACAGCCUGAGGGAGGAGGGUUGUUACGUAUCGCAAGGCUGAACAAGAUUGGAACAAGCAUCUUAUUCAACCCUUGGGAUGCAUCGGUCCCUGCACACAACAGUGGUUGAGGAGGAGAUAUUGAAGUUCCGUAGACUGUCUGAAUCUUGGUGGGAUGAGAAUGGUGCAUUCCAGGCAUUACACAGCCUCAACGAUCUACGCAUACCACUCAUUAGAGAUGGUCUGGUCAGAAAAGGUCAAGGGUCAGGUCAAACUUUAGCCAGGCCACAACCACUCACUGACUCUGUCAUCUUGGAUGUUGGAUGUGGAGGAGGAAUUCUUUCAGAGCCAUUGGCCAGGCUAGGAGCAAGAGUGACUGGUAUUGAUGCUGCAUUGGAGAACAUUGAAGUGGCUCAACAACAUGCUUCUCAUGAUCCUUUGUUACACAGAGGACUGAGGUAUAUGUGUAUAACAGCAGAGGAACUAUUAGAGACAGAGAGAGGUGUGUUUGAUGCAGUUGUUGCGUCUGAGGUGCUGGAACAUGUUAGUGAUGUAGAGGGGCUGGUAGCGACGUGUUCACAGUUGACUAAGCCUGGAGGUUCGAUAUUCUUCACCACUAUUAACAAGACGUGGCUGUCCUAUGCUUUAGCAGUAAUUGGGGCUGAGGACAUAGCGAGGGUUGUACCACAUGGCACUCAUGACUGGACUAAGUUUAUCCCUCCAGAUGAUUUGCAGAGGUUUCUUGAAGCAAAUGACUGUAACAUGAGAUUAGUGCAUGGGAUGAUUUUGAAUCCAAUCACAAUGCGCUGGUCAUGGGGGUCUCCCAAGGCAUGUAACUAUGCCAUCCAUGCUAUCAAGAAUGAUAGAUCACAAACGGACUUUGAUGAAAUUGAGGAAACACAAAGUUGACUCCAUGGGUCAGACUCUCCUGAGAUGAUUUAAGAAUCCUCCAAUGCGCCAACAGAGGGCAGUAUUCCACACCAAACCUUAACUUGCUGUACUUCACUAGCUCCAAUCAACCCGAGGAUCAUCUUGAAGACAGUAUACAACAUGCAGAAAACCAUGAAUAAUAAGUUUCCAUCUUCUGAUGUUCUCGACCUCGGCCAACCCUUGCAACAGGGUCUCUUCUGGAAGUCCAAUUUGGUCUUCCCUUGCACUACCAGGAGGAGUACCGGGACUUUGCUUCCCUUGCACUACCAGGAGGAGUACCGGGACCUUGCUUCCCUUGCACUACCAGGAGGAGUACCGGGACCUUGCUUCCCUUGCACUACCAGGAGGAGUACCGGGACCUUGCUUUUGCUCAAACCAUGGAAUUCUUUAUGUCCAUCUGGAAGGCUUCAUCUCUUGAGCAGUUUAAGGGACUCUAAGAAAAACUAUAAAUACAAAUAAAUAUGAAUAGUAAACUUGUGGGUACAACCAUGAGUAAGAUCUCUUUUGAAGGAGUGGUGGCUCUGAAAAGAGCUGGUUUGGUCUCGACGUUUCGAACAGUACACUCGUUUCGAACAGAACAGUCUUCAGGAGAAGCGACUCUAUUAACUACCAGUCAAGAACUAUCGAUCACCAUCCAACCUGCCAACAGAGGGCAGUAUUUAAUUGGGUAGUGCUAUCUACCACAGACAGUCCUAAAACCACAAGGCUGAUGAUAACAACUGACUGUUAGCAGCUGUCUGCCUAACCAAUCAAUCAAUUGUUAAAUUAAUAAGGCGCUAAUCCAACAGUCAUUGGUCAUGGCGCUGUACAAUAAGCUAAACAAAAACAGUUUCAUUCUUCAUAACUACUACAGUAGGCACACAAACUUCCAGCAGAGUUUUUAGUGCAGACAAUAUAAACAAGUACAUUUUCCUACUUUAAUUAGCAACCAAAUUUGCUUACCAGUGAAUGGGUUUAAAGUCCAAGGCUAAGGCAUAAUAAAAGAAAUUGUACAUCAGCCCAACUGGUGUUUUACCAUUGAAAAAUAACAAUCAAAACAAAUUUUAUAUCAGACAAAAAGAGUGUAAUAAAUUUAAUGUGAGUUUUGGGAUGAAAUAAAAUGUAAAAUAUGUAGACCGUAUUGAAUGCGACUAUAUCAUUCAAAUAGCCUGUCCCACAACAUGGCGCGGGGUGUGCGUGUGGGCGGUACGCUGCAUGCUUCAUUGAUAUAUGCAUUUAGACACACCCAUACAGUCUGCCCUAACAUAUGGCCACUUUCAUAGCAACAAAGGAGUUAUUUGAUAUUGUCUAUUGUUUCUGUAACUGUAUUGAGAAACAAUAAAAUAGCAUAUAUAGAAUGUUU